AUGAUUUGUGUCACCAACAGGAGAUGUGCCCAUCCAGCCUGUCUCAAGCAGCCGACGUAUGGCUCGACAGCAAGUGGUAGGCCUGAGUAUUGCUUUGCUCAUCAAUUGGAAGGGAUGGAAGAUGUGCGGAACAAGAAAAGGUGUGGCCACCCAGGUUGCAGCAAGCACCCCAGACGCGGUGUUGCCGGCAGCAAGAUGCCUGAGUUCUGUGCAAAACACGCGAAAGAAGGAAUGGUCGACGUGCACUACAACUGCAGGCACCCAGAUUGCCCCAAACAACCGAGCUAUGGUGUUGCCGGCUGCGAAAUGAAGGAAGCAUUGUUUUGCAAGCAACAUGCCAAGGAAGGGAUGGUCUGUUUGGAUACUAAGGUUUGCCAGCACCAAGGUUGCAACACGAAGGCCUGCUAUGGGACUUAUGGCAGCAACCAAAAGAAGUUCUGCGGGCGACACGCGGAGAAGGACAUGGUCAUGUGCACAAGGAAGUGCACCAAGCCUGGUUGCGAUGCACUGAGGUCUUUCGGAGCAGCUGGCAGCAAAACACCGCGAUUCUGCGCACAACACGCAAGUGAGGGGAUGGUCGAUAUCUCCAAGAGCAGGUGCGUGCAACCAGGAUGUUCUCUCGUGGCGGCGUUCAGCGUGGCUGGCAGGGCAAAGAGGGAGUUUUGCCGUCGUCACGCGAAGGAGGGAAUGGUAAGAGUCUCCAGGAACAAGUCCGAAAGGGUAUGCGAUCGCGCCGGUUGCAUAAGUCAUGCACGCUGGGGAGUUCCUGGCAGCAGGGACGCCAAGUUUUGCCGUCAGCACGCGGAGGUAGGAAUGAGGAGCGUUUACCGCAAGAGUUGCCUCCACCAAAACUGCACGAAGUCCCCGUCGUAUGCCGCACAUGGCAGUAAGAAGGCACAGUUCUGCGCGAGACACCGCGGGGAAGGAAUGGUCAACGUUUUGAGCAGAAGGUGCGUCUCUCCAGGUUGCUCCGGAUCCGCGAGCUUCAGGGUGGUCGGAACGAAAAAGGCUCAAUUUUGCCCCACCCAUGCGGGGGAGGGGAUGGAGGAUGUGAGAAAGGACACGUGUAUCCACCCGGACUGUUUUGCACGAGCAAAAUUCGGCGAGGCAGGUGGCGAGAAGGCGGAAUAUUGCAAGGAGCACGCGGCGAAGGGAGCGGUCGACGUUGUUGGUAAACGAUGCCUUCACCCGGGGUGUAUCAAAUGGCCAUCCUAUGGCCCUGUGGGGAGUAAAAGGCCGGAGUUCUGUGGACCGCAUGCCACAGAGGGGAUGGUGGCGGUCAGAGGGCUGAGGUGCAGUCAUCCAUUGUGCAAUGAAUGGCCAUCGUUCGGAAGGGCAGGCAACAAGAAGGGUGAGUUUUGCGGGCGUCACGCUACCGAAGGAAUGGUCCGUAUCCGUCGGGAGAGAUGCAGCUCGCCGGGUUGCACCCUGCUGGCGGUUUUCGGCGUUCGUGGUGCCUCGAAGGCGGAGGUCUGCACCCGGCACGCCAGCGAUAAACCCUGGAUGGUUCGAGUGUUCCGCAAAUUUGGCUCCCGCAAUGGUGGGUCCAUGCCGGAAGUCAAGGAAGCCGGAGAAAAUGUCAAAGCGGAACUCUGCGACGGGGAUGUCGCCUCAGAGGCAGGCAUUGACGAGCACGAUGUCGCGGAGAGAAGGCCUGAGGUGGCACCGGUCCCUCUGGACGGCUGCAGGUCAACACGAAGCAACCCAGUUUUGACUCCACCCUUCAUGGGCUGCGGAAAAAGACGAAAGAUGAUGGACGCUACGUCGACGUUACCAACGACAGGAAUAUUGUGA